AUGCCGGUAACGGUAGUGUAUAGGCAGAACGCUUCAGCGCCAUCCAUUUUCAGGGCUGGUCGCUUCGGCAGCAUCUGUGCUCAGAGCGCGCCUGCAUUCACUGAUUGGAAACGAGACGCCUCGGGGGUGCGGGAGCGGGCGACCUCGCGGCGACACCGCCCCAUCCCCCCUGAGCGCGCGGCUAGCGCGCGCCUUCACUUUCGUUUCGCCUCUCGGUUUUGUCUAAUAUUAUUAUCUCAGUCGACCGGUUUAGAGCCGACGAACCGAAUGACUCGCACACAUGCUAGACUCCUUGGUCCGUGUUUCAAGACGGGUCCUGCGAGUGCCCGAAACUUAGAACAUCGCAGACACGACACGCGCACUGUCAAAGGCUACACGGCUGCUACGAAAAAACAGCGGCGCCGCGCCCGCGUCCGCGCUACGGCAGGCGCACGGGCGACGACGCGCAUCAUAUUGAACGCUUGCGUCGGGCCUGACGUGCGUGCAAAGAUUGCACGUGCGCGAUUCGUAUGCACAAUGGCCGAAUACCGUCCGCGGUCGGUCGGCACCGGCGGUCAGGUCGGGCGGCGCGUCGCGCCCCGCGAGGGGACGACGGCCGCCCGGCUCCAGGUCGCCGGGCUUAGACCGACGGCGCGAACGGCCUUAGAUGGAGUUUACCACCCACUUAGGGCUGCACUCUCAAGCAACCCGACUCUGAGGAGCGUCCCUCUCGCGCGCUCGCCCCGUCGCUACGGGCCUGGCACCCUCUGCGGGAAAACGGCCCCGUUCAAGACGAACUUGGACGAGAGCGGGACGCGCGAGAAAGCGGAACCUCCCGAACACCACAUCUCCCGCGAUCGAGACGACCGCGGGAUUCAGCGCUGGGCUCCUCCCUGUUCGCUCGCAGCUACUGAGGGAAUCCUUGCCAACGAUACAAAAAAAGUGGGAGGCAGACGCGAUAUCCGUCGGCGCGCGAUCGCGCUGAGCGCGGCGCGCCCUUCGGACGUCGUGUCCGCCUACGCGCGACUCUCUUUUUUUUUCAUUAUUCUCAUUAUUGUUAUUAUUAUUAUUAUUAUUAUAUGCGACACGCGCGACCGCUCGAAAGCAGCGCGCGCUCAAAUCGACGCGCACGGCGCAAGCGCACACUUCGCGAAGACAUCAACCACACACCACGUACUUAAUAACCACCGUCGUCGUCGUCGUCGUCGACCCCGUUCGAAUUGUAUUAUUCGUCGUAGUCGUCGUCGUCGUCGUCGUCGUCGUCGUUGGAGACGUGUGUGUGUUGUCGUUCGUUGCUGUUGUGACGUUUCACCGCUGCCGCUCUGCUCUGCAUUAGAGCGGCGGCAGAGCGUCGACCGCGACACGAGCGGCGGGCGGUCGGCGAGUCGCGAACAAUAA